AUGGCUACCAUCGAAAAAAAAAGGGAAACAAUACUAAAUAUAUGUCAUCUGAAUUGUUUCCCAUCAUUGUUUAAAUCCAUUAAAUCUAUUUUUUUCUUGCCAUCUCCUACCCAACUUCGACUUGUCGGUGGUCCAACGCCAUCCUCUGGUCGAUUAGAAAUACGUCAUUUGGGAAUUUGGGGAACCGUUUGUGAUGAUGAUUUUAACAACGAAGCUGCCGAUGUGGUUUGCAAGUUGUUAAAUUAUAACGGGACUUCCAUAGUAAAAAAAAAUGCUUACUUUGGACCUGGUACAGGACCCAUUUGGUUGGACGAAGUACAUUGCAUUGGAAAUGAAACAUCCCUGGAAGAAUGUGCUUAUCCUCAAUGGGGUAGAAAUAAUUGUAAACACGAUGAAGAUGUUGGAAUUAUUUGUAGCAAUCAAGAUUCAAAUCAGAAAUCAGCUGGAGGAAAAAGACCCAUUGCAACAAGUUCAAGUGACAAUAAUCCCAACAUUCCUUCAAAAGAAGAAAAACUAAGAGAAGUUUUAAUAUACGAAUGUAAUAAUAAUAAUAAACAAAAGGGAAAAUCGAUAUUUUAUGAAAGAGUAGUAGGUGGAACGAAUAUCAAUAGAGAAACAGCACCUUGGCAGGCGAGUAUUCGAGUGAAAUCUGGAGGUGGAAAAUCUGUUCAUUGGUGCGGAGCUAUUGUUAUUUCUCCUUAUCAUAUUUUAACGGCUGGUCAUUGUCUACGGGAUUAUAAUAAAGCUGCUUAUUUCAUUAGAGUUGGAGAUUUUGAUACCGAAGUUUUAGAUCCCUACGAGCAAGAAUUGGAAAUAGAUCAUCUUUACAUGCAUUCAAAUUUUAGUAAAAAAAUUAACCUUAACAAUGAUAUCGGUCUGGUAAAAGUCAAAGGAGAAAUAACUUUAAAUGAGCAAGUGAAACCUGCAUGUCUUGCGCCAACGACUGAAUUAUAUCGUCCUGGAACAAAUUGUACAAUAUCCGGAUGGGGUUCUGUUUCCCCACAUUCAGCAGGUUUCGCAAGAACUUUAAGAAGAGCUUACGUACCUAUUUUAGAGCCCAGCGUUUGCAGAGCACCCUUUGUCUACGGUGAAAGUCUCAGCGAAGGAAUGUUUUGCGCCGGUCAACUAGACGGAGGAGUUGAUUCUUGCCAAGGGGAUUCGGGGGGACCUUUAAUGUGUCACAAUAACGGUAAAGAAUACCUUUUUGGCAUCACCAGCUGGGGUCAUGGAUGCGGUAGAGCCAAUAAACCUGGAGUAUAUACAAAUGUUGCUUUUUACUCGCAGUGGAUACAAGAAAAAAUUCGCUUGUCUUUAGUUUAA